AGUCCUCCAUCCGCACAUGCUCAGAGCUCCAGCUCCGCUCGCGCUCCGCUUCUCCUCUGUGCUCGCGGCCUGUCCGCAGACACACACGCUGAUGAACUCCUCCUAGGAGAGAUGGUCUCAUGGAGCUCGUGUCUCGUUUGCGUUUGAGUCCACCAUGCACAUUAGGAUUUCAAUAAGAUGUAUAUGUGUUUUGAGAUAAUCAUUUUGCUUCUCUCGUGCAACUUCUGCGUCUUCGUUUAUACUCAGGAUCCCUCCUGCUGCCAUCAUGCUGCAGAACACUUUCCUCAGUGUAGGGAAGCAUGUGAACAGCUCGCAACCAUUAGAAGUGAAUCACGUCUGAGACACCUUCUUCUCCGUUUGCCAAGUUACUGCCCAGAGACUUUGAGUGAACUUUGGAUCUGCAUCAACAAUACCUUACCUGGGGCAUCAAAAAAGUCAGAUGGAUGGGUUGGUCUGGGAUGUUGCGAGUUGGCCAUCUCGGCUGAAUGUCGCAGGGACUGCAAACAGGCAUCAUCUAAAAAUGACAUCACAAAAGUAUGCAAGAAAGACACAGAGAAACCACUCUACAGCUGUAUCACCAAAAAUGAAAUGGGCUCAGUAUGCUGCAGUUAUGCAGGGAGACACACAACCUGCCGUGAAUACUGCCAGGCCAUCUUCCGCACAGACUCAUCACCUAGCGUCUCCCAAAUUAACACUGUCAAAGAGUACUGCCAGAGCGUCAGUCCACCGCUCAUCAGCUGUGUGGCCAACUAUACCAAAUCCUACCCCAUCAGAAGCCCUAUUGACAGUUUAUACUGUUGUGACCGAGCAGAGGAGGCACACUGUCAGACGGCUUGUAAGCGCAUCCUCCGCACCAUGACAACCGAGCAGGAGAUCAUGGACGGUCUGAUCAAAGAGUGUGGCCGUCAGCCACUCCCACAGGAUCCGCUGUGGCAGUGCUUCUUGGGUAGCACACACCCCCCCACCAAAAAAAAUCCAGAAUCCCCUCCAAUCGCAAAGAUGGACUGCGCUAAACUCCACUGCUGCUCCAAAGCCAACACUUCACACUGCAGGAAUAUGUGCUUGGAGAUCAGCACUAACUGGGGCACUCAGACAUGGCAGGAGUUUGACCAGCUUUGUGAAUAUAGCCCUGUUGAGAUGGACCUUAUCACCUGCUUGGCUGAUGUGAGGGAGCCGUGCCAGUUAGGCUGCAAAGAUCUGACCUACUGCACCAACUUUAACAACAGGCCAACUGAGCUGUUUCGGAGCUGCAAUGUUCAGUCAGAUCAGGGCGCCAUGAAUGACUUCAAACUCUGGUCCAAUGGAACUAUCAAGAUGCCUUUCAUGAACAUCCCAGUGCUGGACAUCAGUAAAUGCCAGCCAGAGAUGUGGAAAGCUGUAGCCUGUGCCCUGCAGAUCAAACCAUGCUAUAGCAAGUCCAGAGGAAGUGUCAUUUGCAGGUCAGACUGUGUGGAUAUCCUGACCCAGUGUGGAGAUCGCAAACGGUCUCUUGAAGGACAGACCCCAGAGCGGAUAUGUGACCUCCUGUCCCCAACAGAUGAUCCAGAGCGGUGUAUUCCUCUGAAGAGAUACCUCACCCCCAGUCCCUUUGCUAACAUUAUUGAAGAAGUGAUCCAUCCCUGCAACCCUAAUCCAUGUCCAAGCAACCAUCUUUGUGAAGUGAACAGGAAAGGCUGCCAUCCAGGACAAGACUGCCUGCCAUACUUCUGUGUACCUGGGUGUAAACUAGGAGAAGCAUCUGAGUUCCUCGUCCCCAUGGACGCCCGUAUCCAAGUGCCCACUCGGAACAGGCAGGUGGGAUGCUAUGAGGUUUGCACCUGCGGUCAAAGUGGUCGUCUGGAGAACUGUGCUGAACUACCAUGCUUUGACACCACAAAGACCUGUUUGUUUGGAGGACAAAGAAAAAGUCAUGGUAUGUCCUUCCAGGUAGACUGCAACCCCUGUUCCUGCUUCGCUGGAGAAACCAUUUGCUUCUCUCGCCAGUGCCUCGGGUCAGACAGCUCUGAUGAGGAUCGACACCCCUUCACAGGGCUUCCUUGCGGCUGUGCUGAUCAGUUUGUGCCUGUGUGUGCACGUAAUGGACGCACAUACCCCAGUGCCUGUGUUGCGCGCUGUGCUGGCUUUCGAGACAGUCAGUUAGUUUUCGGGUCCUGCAGAAGCAUCGAUCCCUGCUCGCCAAACCCUUGCCAAAGGAACCAAAGGUGCAUUCCUAAACGGCAAGUGUGUUUAACGGACCUGUUAGACUAUCCCUGCCCACUGUACGAGUGUGUUACUCGCCCAUCCAGCUGUGACCAGAACCAGCUCGAUCCAGUUUGUGACACGGAUAACAUAGAGCAUGCCAAUCUGUGUCUACUGUACUUACGGAGCAAAACCCUGGCAUACAUGGGCCAUUGUCAGGAUGCUUGCAGGAAGCCCAGACAGGUGUGUGGCCACAAUGGAGAAACCUACAGUACAGUGUGUGAAGCUUUCUCAGACCGCAUUGCUGUGGACUAUCAGGGUCGCUGCCAUGCGGUGGGGACGAUUGCAGAGUUCACGUCCGACUCAGGGUGUAACGCUGUGCCCUGUCCUCCUCUCUCCACAGAGGGCUGCAAUCCAGUCACACCACCUGGUGCCUGCUGUCCUGUGUGUGCAGGUAUGCUACAGAUCCUCUGGAACAAAGCGCAGAUGAAUAUCUUCGCUAAGCUGAACAGGAAUCAGCCCAUGACGGUGCACGACAUCCUGAAAAUCCUGCGGCUGCACAUCUCUGUCCCUCAGUGUGACAUCUUCGGCUAUCUGAGCAUCAACUCUGAGAUCAUCAUCCUUAUUGUGCCUGUUGACCAGCAGCCUACACCACUGCAGAUUGAAGCCUGCAGUAAAGAAGCGGAGAACAUCGACUCCCUUAUAAACUCUGGAAGCCCCACACUUGUGUCCCAUGUGCCCCUGUCUGCCUUCCUCAACUCUGAGGUCAAACUUUCCACCAUCAGUUCAGCUGCUACCACUACCCCCCUCUCUUUCUCCCUCUGUCUCUUCCUCUUCUGUCUCCUCCUUUCUUUAACAGGGACCCCAUUUCCCUCGUAACCCCACGUUGCCAAGCAACACUAUUACAUGUUUGACCUCUGAUCUUCAAAGUCACGACAGGAAGCCGUUCCAGUCAACGUCGUCUCGACAAUCAAUACACUGCAGAAGACAAGGACAAUCAAGUUCCAACUUAAUGACAUGAAAAAGUUUGGAAUUCGUGGACAUUUUGUCUUACACAAUUAAGGACUUCCUCGAAAGGAAACUGUACUACGUUGUCUUGCAUAGUCACUGACUGAAAAUGGUGGAGCGAAAGAGUAAAUGAACAAACAGGAGAGUUAGAGACAGCACAACAUCUCAGAUGUCAGGUUUAAAUACAAGACGAUUGCUGCUUUUAGAUGUCUCACUGGCCCAAUUAAUCAUGCACAUAUCAGCUUUCAAAACACUAUUGUAUCUUAGUAAAAAAAAAAAGACCUGAAAUUAGGGGAGGCCAGGGGCAUUUCUAACACACUAAAUUUCUUCAUUCACAAAGACGAUAGAGAGAAGAAACUUAUUCAGCACAUGCUCAGUAUUCUCUCUCUGCCUGAGGAAAGGUUUUUGAAUUGUGAUACAUUUUCAACAAAAACAUGAUUUUAUCCAAUAUUUUUCUUCUGUCUAAAGUUUGGUGCAUUUGAAGUAUCUAUUAUCUCAGUUGAACAAGUGACUCCCAGUGGCCAAAGCUGGAAGUGUCAUUGACUAGUUUCCAAAUGAAAUGUCCACAGGGUGGCGGUAAAAGCUAGUUGUAUUUUUAGUUGUAAAUCGUGUCAUACAUUCAAAAGCAAUGCAUAUUUUGAUAACUCUGCAUCCUAACCCAAACCCCAACCCUAAACUUAAUUGUCAGUAGAGUGAAAAUUUUAUUUUAGAGUGAAAAUACAAUCACCAAUGUGAACAUGGUUACUUCCCAGACUGAUCUCACAGUGAAAUCAGAAAGAGUAGGUUGACUUUUCUUUAGCUGAAAUCAGUCUGUGCUUAUUGAAAUUCGAAACACUGCCCCCAGUGGCACGUGUGAGCUCCAUUUUCAGGGUGAAAUGUCCACAGAGGGGUGCCAAAAGCGAGUCGUAAAGCAAGUUGUUUCAGCUGUAUAUGCAGUAAUACAGUGAAGUGGAAAGCAUGUUUUUUACACUGAACCUCCCAAACCCCAAACCUAACCUAACCAUCAGUGGAGUAAAAAUGUAUUGUUAGAGGAAAAAAUGCAACCUCCAAAUUGCACUUGCCGCUGAUUAUACAAACAUGAUUACUUGCUGGUUUCAAUGCGGGAUCUGAACCUGGAUCUCCCAUGCUGCUGAUACAACAUGUUUCAGGUUGCACCACAGGGAAAGGUAAACAUGUUGGAACCGAUGCAGUAAUGUAUGAUAGGAGAUGGCGCUAAUCAGUGAGUUGGCAUAAUGUGGCCGAUUCUAGUGUACCAGAAGUAUCCUAACAACAUGCUGACCUCCCGUGUGAUUUCCAUCAAAAUAUCUAGUUUUAAACAAUAUACAGUAUUUUAUUAAAAAGUAUUUCAUUUAGCAAAAAGGAUUUGAGACAAUUAGAGUGUUGGUCCCACUUAAACUUGUGCUUUAAACACACAUCAUUCUGAACAGCUAAAAGAAUAAGUACCAUAUAAAGGAGAAACAUAUUCAAUAAAUAUAAUACAGUUGAAUUCAGAAGUUUACAUACACUUAGGUUGAAGUCAUAAAAACACAUUUUUUAACCACUCCACAGAUUUCAUAUUAGCAAACUAUAGUUUUGGCAAGUUGUUUAGGACAUCUACUUUGUGCAUAACACAAGUCAUUUUUCCAACAGUUGUUUACAGACAGAUUGUUUCACUUUUAAUUGACUAUAUCACAAUUCCAGUGGGUCAGAAUUUUACAUACACUAAGUUAACUGUGCCUUUAAGCAGCUUGGAAAAUUCCAGAAAAUGAUGUCAAGCCUUUAGGCAAUUAGACAGUUAGCUUCUAAUAGGCUAAUUGGAGUCAAUUGGAGGUGUAUCUGUGGAGGAAUUUUAAGGCCUACCUUCAAACUCAGUGCCUCUUUGCUUGAUAUCAAUGGACAAUCAAAAGAAAUCAGCCAAGAACUCAGAAAACAAAUUGUGGACCUCCACAAGUCUGGUUCAUCCUUGGGAGCAAUUUCCAAACGCCUGAAGGUACCACGUUCAUCUGUACAAACAAUAGUACGCAAGUAUAAACACCAUGGGACCACACAGCCAUCAUACCGCUCAGGAAGGAGACACAUUCUGUCUCCUAGAGAUGAAUGUAGAUGGGGCAAAAAGUGCAAAUCAAUCCCAGAACAACAGCACAGGAUCUUGUGAAGAUGCUGGAGGAAACAGGUAGACAAGUAUCUAUAUCCACAGUAAAACAAGUCCUAUAUCGACAUAACCUGAAAGGCUGUUCUGCAAGGAAGAAGCCACUGCUCCAAAACCACCAUAAAAAAGCCAGUCUACAGUUUGCAUGUGCACAUGGGGACAAAGAUCUUACUUUUUGGAGAAGUGUCCUCUGGUCUGAUGAAACAAAAAUGUAACUGUCUGGCCAUAAUAACCAUCAUUAUGUUAGGAGGAAAAAGGGUGAGGCUUGCAAGCUUAAGAACACCAUCCCAACCGUGAAGCAUGGGGGUGGCAGCAUCAUGUUUUGGGGGUACUUUGCUGCUUCACAAAACUGGUGCAUUUCACAAAAUAGAUGGCAUCAUGAGUAAGGAAAAUUAUGUGGAUAUAUUGAAGCAACAUCUCAAGACAUCAGCCAGGAAGUUAAAGCUCAGUCGCAAAUGGGUCUUCCAAAUGGACAAUGACCCCAAGCAUACCUCCAAAGUUGUGGCAAAAUGGCUUUAGGACAACAAAGUCAGGGUAUUGGAGGGGCCAUCACAAAGCCCUGACCUCAGUCCGAUAGACAAUUUGUGGGCAGAACUGAAAAAGCGUGUGCGAGCAAGGAGGCCUAAGAACCUGACUCAGUUACACCAGUUCUGUCUGGAGGAAUGGGCCAAAAUUCCAGCAACUCAUUAUGAGAAGCUUGUGGAAGGCUACCCAAAACAUUUGACCCAAGUUAAACAAUUUAAAGGCAAUGCUACCAAAUACUAACAAAGUGUAUUUAAACUUCUGACCCUCUGGGAAUGUGAUGAAAGGAAUAAAAGCUGAAAUAAAUCAUUCUCUCUACUAUUAUUCUGACAUUUCACAUUCUUAAAAUAAAGUAGUGAUCCUAACUGACCUAAAACAGGGAAUGUUUUCUAUGGUUAAAUGUCAGGAAUUGUGAAAAAGGUGUAUGUAAACUUCUGAUUUCAAAUGUAAAUAAGUAUUAAAGCAAUGCUAUUAUUGCUUUGAUGUGUGCUGUGAUUUGAGAGACGCGUUAAUAUCAUUUUUUGUUUUUGUUUAUUUAAUCACUGUUAUACUCGAUCCUGGUAUGGGGUGAUUGUACCACUCUGCCUUUGUGUAUUAAAUUCCAUAUUAUGUUCUAGUCUUUCUCAAUAUAAAUCUAUUUAUGGUACGGUUAUUACUCACCUAUAUAAAUGUUUCUUAUACAAAGAGAUUACAGGUAAAUUUGUAAUAAUCUGUGAGUUGUGAAGGAAAAUGUAAAAAAAAAAAAAAAAAAUGCCCCCAGUCUCUCCUAAUACACCUAACAAGAAAAUGUGACUUUUCAGCCACGUCUGAGAGACAUAUAUAUAUAUAUAUACUGUAUAUAUUGUUCCUCGUAGUUGAAAAAUCAAACAAAGAAACAAAAAAGAGGAACUCCAGCCAUGUAAUCAAAUGACAAUCAUACUGCUUAUCCAUAAAGUGGUAAAAACCAUAUGCCUUUCUUAUAAAGUUUAUACAGUAUAUAUAAUUAUGUAUGUGUGUGUGUAUAGAUUUUUUUUUUAAAUAUGAAUUAUUGCAAAAACUUUAUGUUAAUAAGAGAAGCAAAUUGUUUUAUUUUGAGAUGUUUCUGAUAAAAACAUCACAAUGUGCCAUUUAUAAUCUAAAGCUUGCAUGUGAAUUCUGAAGUAUUGUUUUGUCAUGUUGUUGAGCUGAAAGUGUUGUGUACAUGCCUAUAACACAUUAAAGGACACCUUUUUUCAAACAGUAUUAUUUUGCUUAGGCAGCUGUGUAGCAUGGUGGGAUGGGCUUUAUUGUGUCCUGUCUGUUUGUCUUAUGUCUGUAACGCUUCCCAUGUAUAUUUUUUUAUAUGAUUAUAAUAAAUGUGUUUAUAUUGCUUGAGGAUUUCA